GUUCUCUGGGCACCGCUUGGGAGAAGGCAUUCCACAUCAGACCUCAAAAUGGAGAGUGAUGCACUACUGGAAAUGAACCGAAUGGAAUUAAGAUCUGGGAGAAACCUUGUAAAAUGUGCAGCUGCUGACUCCAUGGAACUUGCUGGUACUUCUACCAAUUCAAAAGAAACUGUGCAGACUCCAGUAAGAAAAUCUUUUCAUAUUAAAAGGAGUAUAGGGAAGGAAAAAGAAAAUGAAGAACCAGGUGCACCCUUUAUCUCAGUAGAAAAUUUCCCAGAUAGAAAAUCAAGCCAAAGAAAAUCGAAUAAAAGGAAGAGCAAAUGGGAGGAAGAAAAUGAAGGAAUGGUUGUAACCAGUCAUUUGGCAGAAAAUCCACAGACUCCAAACAGUAAGUUGAGCCUUACCAAAAAAAGAAGGAAGAGCAUGCAAAUUUUAAAUGAACAACCAGCCGUACCCUGUGAAUCAGUUGAAAAUUCUCUGAAUGGAAAAACAAGCCAAAGAAAAAUAAAUAAAAGGAAAAGCAAGUUGGAAGAAGAAAAUGAAGUAAUGGAUACCACUGUGGUUUCAAAAGAAACUACACAGACUCCCACAAGGAAAUCUGUUCAUAUUAAAAGGAGUACAGGAAAGGAAAAGGAAAAUGAUGAACCAGCUGUACCCUGUUUCUCAGUUGAAAAUUCUCUGGAUAGAAAAUCAAGCCAAAGAAAAACAAAUAAAAGGAAAAGCAAGUUGGAGGAAGAAAAUGAAGGAAUGGCUAUAACCAGCCCUUUGGCAGAAAAUGCACAGAUUCCAAACAGUAGAAUGAGCCUGACCAAGAAAAGGAGGAAGAGCAUGCAAAUUGUUAAUGAACAACCAGGUACCCCCACUAUUUCAACAGAAACGACACAGACUCCAAUAAGGAAAUCUACCCAUAUUAAAAGAAGUGUAGGAAAGGAAGAGCAGAAUGACGAACCAGCAGGUACCCCCACUAUUUCAACAGAAACAACACAGACUCCAACAAGGAGAUCUAUCCAAAUUAAAAGAAGUGUAGGGAAGGAAGAGCAGAAUGACGAACCAGAUAUACCCUGUAUCUUGGUUGAAGAAUCUCCUGACGGGAAAUCAGGUAAAAGAAAAACAAAUAAAAGGAGGAGCAAGUUGGAGGAACAAAAUGAAGGGACAGAGUUUAGUGAUCUUGCAUCGCCAUUACAAGAAUGUGGGAUUACUUCUACGUAUAUGAUAGAAAAUGUAGAAAGAAAUGAUGAACUUUUAGUGCCAAUUACUGAUCAGAAUGAGGAGGAUAUUGCCGAAAUUCUGAAUAGUACAUUUGAAGUGGCUGAACAAGAUUCCAUUCUUCAGACACCUGCUCGCAAACGUUCCGUUAGGUUUGCAGCUGCAGUAGAAACAGCAUCUUUUUCUAACUCUGUGGACAGUACUCCAAAAUUUUCAACUCCAGUUUCAGUGAACAGUAAACAGAGAAGCAGCCACUACAAAGGAACUCCACAUCCUUCAGUCAAGAAACGUCCGGCCAGUAUUCUGAAAACUUCAUCCAGUAAAAAGUUUCCUUCCAGUUCGAAGGAUACGUCAUUGAAAGGAAAAGGCUCAGCUCGCAAAAUGCCAGAUUUCAACAGCAUUCAUAAAGCCCAGUUUGAAAAGAUGGAGUCUAUUGUUGACUUCAGUCACAGGCGCCAGAAGUGUGUGAGAAAAUUGGAAGAUCAGGCAGUUGAUGGCAACAACAAAGAGGUACAACUAAAGCCAUUUGCAGUUGUCAAGCCAGUGGAGAAAAUGGCACGAAAUGCUGUCAGUCGAAUACCUGUGGCUCCACAGAACACCAGCAGACAUGGGACACCAAGAGCAUUGUCCAGCAGUCACAUUCCUGUUGCCAGCUUCCAUGUCUUGAAAGAAAAGAAUUUUGAUGCACGUCUCAGUGCACCACAUACAAUCAAUUCAAGGCCCAGUUCUGCAAAAAUGGGAAAUAAUUCUAGACCAAAGCCUUUGACUAACCUCAAGCCACAACGAAUUACUUAUGAACAAGCUAAAGCAACAAUACAGAACAAGAAACCUUUGGCGGCUGUUAAAAGAGAGGCUGAAAGACUGGAGAAUCGCAACAUUUUGAAAGGAGUAAGAUUGAACCGCCGAUUUGAAUUACAGAUGCAGCACCGAAAAUUAAAUGUGUAAUUAUUAUUGUAUAUUCUUCAAGUAAUUUUACUCCUGGCAUUUCUGUACUGGGCUUUCAUGUAACAUGCCCAAUAUGUGACAUAAAGAACUGUUGUUCUUAUGCUUGCCUUUCUGUUCUUUCUAAUGUAUUUGUCUUUGUAUAACAAAUGAUUAUAUCCAUUAAUUGUAAUAAAUUUAACUUUUAUUCAACUAAUCUUUGGCAGCUUUGUUCAUGCUGGACAUGUAACUUUUUCUGUAUGUCAUUUAUUUAAUCUGCAUUCAAACAGUGGGUGUAUAUUAUUUUAUAGAAGUGUAUAAAUAGAUAAAUUAUAUACAGAUAGAAAAUGUAUUCUGUUUAUAGAGUUGUUAAUUUAUGAAUGUUUCUGUAUGUUAACAGUUUUUGUAAAGUGAUAACGGAUUACUGAGUUUUGUUGCAAUUUCACAAUAAUUUUCAUUAAUACUUGAAAUACAAGUUAGAUUUACAGAGCAUGUUUAUGAAAUUUGGAGCCAAAAUAAUUUCUGUUUUGGUUUAUGCUUUUGUAUUUGAUUUUAUCUGCUAAUGUAUAUAAAGAAUUACAUUAUUUCCUUA